AUGGGGAUUGAACUGCUCUGCCUGUUCUUUCUAUUUCUAGGAAGGAAUGUCUGCGUUCAAGGUGCCUGUGCCCUGGGAGGUGCAGAAACCUGUGAGGAAUGCUUGCUGCUCGGACCACAGUGUGCCUGGUGCUCUCAGGAGAAUUUUACUCAUCCAUCUGGAGUUGGAGAAAGGUGUGAUAUUCCAGCAAAUCUUUUAGCUAAAGGAUGUCAAUUAAACUUCAUUGAGAACCCUGUCUCCCAAGUUGAAAUACUUAAAAACAAGCCUCUCAGCGUAGGCAGACAGCAAAAUAGCUCUGACAUCAUUCAGAUUGCACCGCAAAGUUUGAUGCUUAAGUUGAGACCAGGUAGUGAACAGACCCUGCAGGUGCAUGUCCGCCAGACUGAGGAUUACCCAGUGGACUUGUAUUACCUCAUGGACCUCUCUGCCUCCAUGGACGAUGACCUCAACACAAUCAAAGAGCUGGGUUCCCUGCUUUCCAAGGAGAUGUCUAAAUUAACCAGCAACUUUAGACUGGGCUUUGGCUCUUUUGUGGAAAAACCUGUCUCCCCCUUCAUGAAAACAACACCCGAAGAGAUCGCCAACCCUUGCAGUAGUAUACCAUAUUUCUGCUUACCUACAUUUGGAUUCAAGCACAUUUUGCCAUUGACCAAUGAUGCUGAAAGAUUUAAUGAAAUUGUGAAGAAUCAGAAAAUUUCUGCUAACAUUGAUACACCUGAAGGUGGAUUUGAUGCAAUCAUGCAAGCUGCUGUGUGUAAGGAGAAAAUUGGCUGGCGGAAUGACUCUCUCCAUCUCCUGGUGUUUGUAAGUGACGCUGAUUCUCAUUUUGGAAUGGACAGCAAGCUGGCAGGGAUUGUCAUUCCUAAUGACGGACUCUGUCACCUGGACAGCAAGAAUGAAUACUCCAUGUCAACUGUCUUGGAAUAUCCAACCAUUGGACAACUCAUUGAUAAACUGGUACAAAACAAUGUGCUACUGAUCUUUGCUGUAACCCAAGAACAAGUUCCUCUGUACGAGAACUAUGCGAAGCUCAUUCCUGGUGCUACGGUGGGGCUACUGCAGAAGGACUCUGGAAAUGUUCUCCAGCUCAUCAUCGCAGCCUACGAGGAACUGCGGUCUGAAGUGGAGCUGGAAGUACUAGGAGACACGGAAGGAGUCAACUUGUCGUUCACAGCUAUCUGUAACAACAGCACCCUCUUCCCACACCAGAAGAAAUGCUCUCACAUGAAGGUGGGAGACACAGCCUCAUUCAAUGUGUCUGUAAGCGUAACAAACUGUGAGAAGAGAAACCAACACAUUAUCAUAAAACCUGUGGGCCUGGGAGACACCCUGGAUAUCCUGGUCAGUCCCCAGUGCAACUGCGACUGUGAGCAAGAAGUGGAAGUAAACAGCUCCAAAUGUCACAAUGGUAAUGGCUCCUUCCAGUGUGGGGUGUGUACCUGCCACCCAGGCCACAUGGGUCCUCACUGUGAGUGUGGCGAGGACGUGCUGAGCACGGAUUCCUGCAAAGAGGCCCCUGACCUUCCCUCAUGCAGCGGCAGGGGUGACUGCUACUGCGGCCAGUGCGUCUGCCACCUCUCUCCCUAUGGAAGUAUCUACGGGCCGUACUGUCAGUGUGACAAUUUCUCCUGCGUGAGACACAGAGGACUGCUUUGCGGAGACAAUGGCGACUGCGAGUGUGGUGAGUGCGUGUGCCGGAGCGGCUGGACGGGCGAGUACUGCAAUUGUACCACGCACACAGAGUCGUGUGUCGCCGAAGACGGGGUGCUCUGCAGUGGGCGAGGGGACUGCGUCUGCGGCAAGUGUGUCUGCACCAAUCCUGGAGCCUCAGGCCCCACCUGUGAGAGAUGCCCAACCUGCGGUGAUCCCUGUAACUCAAAACGGAGUUGCCUUGAAUGCCACUUGUCUGCAGAUGGCCAGAGCCAAGAAGAAUGUGUGGACAAAUGCAAACUGGCAGGUGCAACCAUCAGUGAAGAAAAAGAUUUCUCAAAGGAUAGUUCUGUUUCCUGCUCUCUGCAAGGAGAAAAUGAGUGUCUUAUUACAUUCCUAAUAACUACAGAUAACGAGGGGAGAUCCAUCAUUCACAGCAUCGAUGAAACAGAUUGUCCCAAACCUCCCAACAUUCCCAUGAUUAUGUUGGGCGUUUCUCUGGCGAUCCUUCUCAUUGGUGUUGUCCUACUGUGCAUUUGGAAGCUCUUGGUGUCAUUUCAUGAUCGUAAAGAAGUUGCCAAAUUUGAAGCAGAACGAUCAAAGGCCAAGUGGCAAACGGGAACCAAUCCACUGUACAGAGGCUCCACUAGUACUUUUAAAAACGUAACCUAUAAACAUCGAGAAAAACAAAAGGCGGACUUUUCCACAGAUGGAUAG